CGGAGUCGACGCAGUGAGCGGAGCCUUGGUGCCGCUGCGCACGCAUGCGCGUUGCGCGACAGCCGUGACUAGACAUUCGGUCAUAGGAGCAGAGGAGGGGGGCGCUCGAGCCACGUCGGUGAAACAAAUCAACGCUUGAAGGCAGAUUACAAAGAGGGUCCCAGCUGCUCAUCCUGGGGCGGGACAUCCAAGAAAAUGUCCACUCCGGAUCCCCCCAUGGGGGGCACCCCUCGCCCGGGUCCUUCCCCAGGUCCGGGUCCUUCCCCUAAUGCAAUGCUGGGUCCAAGCCCCGGGCCUUCCCCCGGCUCCUCUCACAGUAUGAUGGGCCCCAGCCCAGGCCCCCCCUCCUCUGGGCAUUCCCAGCCUGGUCCCUCUGGAUACGGCACCCAGGAAAACAUGCACCCUCUGCACAAACCGAUGGAAGCCAUGCACGAGAAGAGCAUCAGUGAGGACAGCCGCUUCAGUCAGAUGAAGGGACUGUCUAUGAGACAGGGCGGGCACAGCGGGAUGGGUCCACCGCCCAGUCCUCUGGACCAGCACUCGCAAGGGUACCACUCUCCAUUAGGCGGCUCUGACCACUCCAGCCCCGUCCCUUCAAACGGACCUCCAUCCGGUCCCCUCAUGACAUCGUCCUCUUCUUCCUCCUCCUCCGGCGGCCCCGGCUCCGCCUCUACACCUUUGGAUGGGCCCAGUGGAGACCAGCACGCGCUGGGCGCUAAUAACCGACACGUCCCUCCAGUCAGCGCUGGGCCGGGACCCAGCCCCGGACCCAGCCUCGGCUCCAACGUCUCCAGCCUCGGACCUGGUCUGGAUCCCGGUGGCCCCGCAGGCCCCGGGGGCCCCGCCGGGCCCACACCCUUCAACCAGAACCAACUCCAUCAACUCAGAGCCCAGAUCAUGGCUUAUAAGAUGCUGGCCCGGGGGCAGCCGCUGCCAGACCACCUCCAGAUGGCUGUCCAAGGGAAGAGGCCAAUGCCUGGGAUGCAGCAGCCAAUGCCCACCCUGGCUCCUGGAGCUGGAGGUGGACCAGGAGGUGGCCCAGCUGGACCAGGACCAGGACCUGGCCCGAUGGGCUCAGGCUAUAACCGCCCUCACGGUAUGAUCGGGCCCAACAUGCCUCCACCGGGCCCGUCAGGAACGCCAGCUGGGAUGCAGGGGCAAAACCCAAAUGGUCCCCCGAAGUCCUGGCCUGAAGGCCCAAUGGUGAAUGCAGCAGCGCCCUCAAACGCACCCCAAAAGCUGAUCCCCCCUCAGCCCACGGGGCGCCCUUCCCCUGCGCCGCCCUCGGUUCCUCCCGCCGCCUCACCCGUGAUGCCUCCACAGACCCAGUCCCCCGGGCAGCCAGCCCAGCCUACUCCCAUGAUGCCUUACCACGCCAAGCAGAACCGCAUCACCCCCAUCCAGAAGCCCUGCGGCCUCGACCCAGUGGAGAUCCUGCAGGAACGGGAGUACAGGCUACAGGCGCGUAUCACCCAUCGCAUUGCUGAGCUGGAGAACCUGCCGGGCUCCCUGGCCGGGGACCUGCGCACCAAGGCCACCAUAGAGCUCAAGGCCCUUCGACUGCUGAACUUCCAGAGACAGCUGCGCCAGGAGGUGGUGGUGUGCAUGCGGCGCGACACGGCGCUGGAGACGGCGCUCGACGCCAAGGCCUACAAGCGCAGCAAGCGGCAGUCCCUGCGCGAGGCCCGCAUCACCGAGAAGCUGGAGAAGCAGCAGAAGAUCGAGCAGGAGCGCAAGCGCCGACAGAAGCAUCAGGAGUACCUCAACAGCAUCCUCCAGCACGCCAAGGACUUUAAAGAGUACCACCGCUCCAUCACCGGCAAAAUCCAGAAACUGACCAAAGCCGUGGGCACCUACCAUGCGAACACCGAGCGCGAGCAGAAGAAGGAGAACGAGCGCAUUGAGAAGGAGCGGAUGCGGCGGCUCAUGGCCGAGGACGAGGAGGGCUACCGCAAGCUCAUCGACCAGAAGAAGGACAAGCGCCUGGCCUACCUGCUGCAGCAGACCGACGAGUACGUGGCCAACCUCACGGAGCUGGUCCGGGCGCACAAAGCCGCUCAGGCCCUGAAGGAGAAGAAGAAGAAGAAGAAGAGAAAGAAGAAGAUGGAGAGUGCUGAGGGUCAGGCUCCUGCUCUGGGCCCUGAUGGAGAGCCUCUGGAUGAGACGAGCCAGAUGAGCGACCUGCCGGUGAAGGUCAUCCACGUGGACAGUGGGAACAUCCUGACGGGAUUGGACGCUCCCAAGGCGGGACAGCUGGAGACCUGGCUGGAGAUGAACCCUGGUUAUGAAGUGGCCCCUCGCUCUGACAGUGAAGACAGCGACGAGGAGGAAGAGGAGGAGGACGAGGAGGAGGAGCCGCAGCCUUCGUCUGCACCCGUAGAAGAAAAGAAGAAGAUCACAGACCCGGACAGCGAGGAUGUGUCAGAGGUGGAUGUGCGGCAUAUCAUCGAAAACGCUAAGCAGGAUGUGGACGACGAGUACAGCGGCGCAGCGUUUGCCCGAGGCCUCCAGUCGUACUACUCGGUGGCUCACGCCGUCACCGAGAAGGUGGAGAAACAGUCGACCCUGCUGAUAAACGGGCAGCUCAAACAGUACCAGAUUAAAGGUCUGGAGUGGCUGGUUUCCCUCUACAACAACAACCUGAAUGGGAUCCUGGCGGACGAGAUGGGUCUGGGAAAAACCAUCCAGACCAUCGCUCUCAUCACGUACCUCAUGGAGCAUAAGCGGCUCAACGGACCCUACCUCAUCAUUGUGCCCCUGUCGACUCUUUCCAACUGGGUGUAUGAGUUUGACAAAUGGGCACCGACAGUUGUCAAAGUGUCCUACAAGGGGUCUCCUGCUGCUAGACGAGCCUUUGUUCCUCAACUGCGCAGUGGAAAGUUCAACGUUUUACUCACCACCUACGAGUACAUCAUCAAGGAUAAGCAAGUACUGGCCAAGAUCCGCUGGAAGUACAUGAUCGUGGACGAGGGCCACCGCAUGAAGAACCACCACUGCAAACUGACCCAGGUGCUGAACACCCACUACCUGGCCCCGCGGCGGGUGCUGCUGACGGGCACGCCCCUGCAGAACAAGCUGCCCGAGCUGUGGGCCCUGCUCAACUUCCUCCUGCCCACCAUCUUCAAGAGCUGCAGCACGUUCGAGCAGUGGUUCAACGCUCCGUUCGCCAUGACUGGAGAGAAGGUGGACCUGAAUGAGGAGGAGACCAUUUUAAUAAUCCGCCGUCUUCACAAAGUGCUCCGGCCCUUCCUGUUGCGAAGACUAAAGAAGGAAGUGGAGGCGCAGCUUCCGGAGAAGGUGGAGUACGUGAUCAAAUGCGACAUGUCGUCUCUUCAGAGGGUGCUGUACAGACACAUGCAGGCCAAGGGGGUGCUGCUGACCGACGGAUCGGAGAAGGAUAAGAAAGGCAAAGGCGGCACCAAGACGCUGAUGAACACCAUCAUGCAGCUGAGGAAGAUCUGCAACCACCCCUACAUGUUCCAGCAGAUAGAGGAGUCGUUCUCUGAACAUUUAGGAUUCUCUGGGGGGAUAGUUCAGGGUCCGGACCUGUAUCGAGCGUCGGGAAAGUUUGAGGUGUUGGAUCGAAUCCUUCCCAAGCUGAGAGCCACCAACCACAAGGUGCUGCUCUUCUGCCAGAUGACCUCCCUCAUGACCAUCAUGGAGGACUACUUUGCGUAUCGCAACUUCAAGUAUCUGCGGCUGGACGGCACCACGAAGGCUGAAGACAGGGGAAUGUUACUGAAGACAUUCAAUGACCCAGAGUCAGAGUAUUUUAUCUUCCUUCUGAGCACGAGAGCUGGAGGCCUGGGCCUCAACCUGCAGUCUGCUGACACUGUGGUUAUCUUUGACUCUGACUGGAACCCACAUCAGGAUCUGCAGGCUCAGGACAGGGCCCACCGUAUCGGCCAGCAGAACGAGGUGCGCGUGUUGCGUCUCUGCACUGUCAACAGUGUUGAGGAGAAGAUCCUGGCUGCGGCCAAGUAUAAACUGAACGUGGAUCAGAAAGUCAUCCAGGCCGGCAUGUUUGAUCAGAAGUCUUCCAGUCACGAGCGCAGGGCCUUCCUACAGGCCAUCCUGGAGCACGAGGAGCAAGAUGAGGUCUGGGGCCAAGAAGUGUGUCUACGCAUGAAUGUGUGUGCGUGCACCAGCGACACACAAUUUCAAGGAGUGUGCUGUCUUAUGCUCUGCUUGCCAAUGUGUGUCUGCUGUAUCCAGGAGGAGGACGAGGUGCCGGACGACGAGACCGUCAACCAGAUGAUCGCCCGCAGCGAAGAGGAGUUUGAGCAGUUCAUGCGCAUGGACCUGGACCGGCGCCGCGAGGAGGCCCGCAACCCGCGGCGAAAGCCCCGCCUCAUGGAGGAGGACGAGCUGCCCACCUGGAUCAUGAAGGACGACGCGGAGGUCGAGCGGCUGACCUGCGAGGAGGAAGAGGAGAAAAUGUUUGGACGAGGCUCUCGGCAGCGAAAGGAGGUGGACUACAGCGAUUCACUGACAGAGAAGCAGUGGCUGAAGGCGAUAGAGGAGGGCACCCUGGAGGAGAUGGAGGAGGAGGUUCGCCACAAGAAGACCACCCGCAAGAGGAAGCGGGACCGCGACCUGGACCUUCAGGGCCCCUCCUCCUCCUCGGGGGGACGGGGGCGACUGGACAAGGACGACGACGGGAAGAGACAGAGGAAGCGGGGCCGCCCCCCCGCUGAGAAGCUCUCCCCCAACCCACCUGUCCUCACCAAGAAGAUGAGGAAGAUAGUGGAAGCCGUGAUCAAAUACAAAGACAGCGCCAGUGGGCGUCAGCUGAGCGAGGUCUUCAUCCAGCUGCCGUCGCGCAAGGAGCUGCCGGAGUACUACGAACUGAUCCGCAAGCCCGUGGACUUCAGGAAGAUCAAGGAGAGGAUUCGAAGUCACCGCUACCGAAGUCUGGGCGACCUGGAGAGAGACGUGAUGCUGCUGUUCCAAAAUGCUCAGACGUUCAACCUGGAGGGGUCACUGAUCUACGAGGACUCCAUCGUCCUCCAGUCGGUGUUCACCAGUUUGAGACAGAAGAUUGAGAAGGAGGAGGAGAGCGACGGAGAGGAGAGCGAGGAAGAGGAGGAAGAGCAGGAGGAAGGGUCAGAGUCCGAAUCGCGCUCAGUAAAGGUGAAGAUCCGUCUGGGCAGAAAGGAGAAAGCCGGGGAUCGAGGGAAGACUCGCAGCCGGCGGCCCGGACGCACCAGAGCCAAACCUGUGGUCAGCGAUGACGACUCUGAGGACGAGCAGGAGGAGGAGCGCUCCCCCAGUGCCACCGACGAAGACUCCUGAACGUACUGUGUUGAUCAGGAAGCAGCUCACCGAACACCACAUACACAGUAAACAUGGCUCCACCAGCUCCAUCCACCCUCGGUCAAAUGACUAAAACAACAUUAAUUAUGCUGUAAUGUGACAUGGGAACAAUAAUGUUGUAUUAAUACGUUUGUCUAACUGCACUGUGCUGCUCCGUUGAACCAGGUUCAAACACUAAGGGGACAGUUUUGGAGAACGACGUUUUGUGUAAGAGGAGUUUUAGAAGGACUUGUGUGCAGCUGUUUAGGAACGACUUGAAUGAACCUCAUGAACAGCUCUUCCGUUUACAUGUAGAUUGAAAUCUAUUAUUGCUCAUAGGAUUUCCAGCUCAAUGAAAAUAACCAAACCACCAGAACCAAGAACAAACACUUCAGUGCACAUUUUUUAAACGUUUUCAUUAAUUAUUUAAUUAAUAUUUAUUGAGAGAACUUUUGACUAAAACCGUUGUGCUAAUAAAUAUUCUUAAUCGGGUGCCGUAUUCUUGUGUGAGAAGAUUUCUCAGUGUAACUGCUAACUUUACUUUAUCGCCCCUAUUUUGCAGAAACAGAAGCAAAUUAACUGUAAACACAGAUUUAUUGAUGGUUUAUGACGCUCUGAUGUAGUUGUACACUACUAAAAGGUUAUUGACAGUUAAUAAUUACAGAUCACGCUGCCUUUUAAGCCACUCAAUGAGCGCAGCUAUGGACUCGUGAGCACGAGGAUUCGGCCGGGCGUCGCUGUGGAGGCGCGUGUGCACCUUAGAUCCAGCCGUUCCGUGGGCGCGGGGCGUUUCCAGGCGCCUCGCGGGCUCUUGAGCAACGGCUCACGGAGCGGAGGCUGCAGUGUUGUACAUAUGUGACCGUACGAAAACAACCUACUCCGCCUUGCUGCUUACUUGUUACACUUCCAAUACGAGCACUUAUUACUGUUGAUUGUAGAUUUGCAGAAUCAUGAGGUCGUAUUUCAAUUGGUACUGUAACUUUGAUUCUUUCUUGAUUUUUCUUUUUUUUUUUUUAGUCGUGUUGUGUUUCCUGCUUUUGAAUCAUUUAUGCUUUUGAUUUCAAGACAAAGGACCAGAGGGACAGCGGCUCUUCUCUGCUUGUGAUUGCCAGAUGGCUGUACGGUGUUGGAUAUGCUGUGUAGAGGUUUUUCUUUUUAAGUAUAAUGUUAAUGCACGUGUGUGGACAGAACACGAGUUCAGUACUGUACUUUUCUCAUUAUGCUACUAGACUGAAGAACAUACAACCAAAGCAUCCAUGUUUUCGCCACUAGAUUACCACGAUGUGUCUGUGUUGUGUCACUGUCGCUGGAACUCGAAGCGUAACAAUAAACCACAGUAAAAGUGAAAGUUGCUGUGGUUUGAAUCUCUUGUUUUAAGGAAACGGCUGCUUUUGCUAUAGUAAAUGAUAAUAAAAGAAAAGAUUUGUUCUGUCUGAGAA